AUGGGUCGUGAGCAUCAUAAGUACUGUGCCGCAGCCCUUAAAACACUGAAGCAUCAUUCUUCGGCAGCACCGUUUCUUGAACCGGUCGAUUAUGUUAAAUACAACAUUCCAGAUUACCCAGAUAUUAUCAAAAAUUCUAUGGAUCUUGGUACAGUUGAACAAAAGCUCAAUGAUUGUGCUUAUGAGAGUGUGAAUGCGUUUAUUUCGGAUGUUCGAUUGGUAUUUUCCAACUGUAUCGUCUAUAAUGGAGCUGCUCAUCAAUUUUCUACUUAUGCAAAAGAGUUAGACAAUUUAUUCACUCAGCAACUCAUGAAAAUGCCUGGUGUUAAAGAGGAGAUACCGCAAAAAUCUGUUGCAGAGCCUUCUAGCAAGGGAACAAAGACAUGUAAACCUGUUGUAGAAUCACCUGCGGCAAAACCUGCAAUAUCUGAUGUCAAACGUCCUAAAAGGACUAUCAAGGCACCUGCAAAAGAUUUACCUGAUGUACCUGCUGCUCGCCGCAAAAAAAUUAAAAAGAACACUGAUGUCGCAUUUUGCCGUGAAGUUAUUAGGGAAUUGCGAAAACGAAUUCAUUGGCAUUACGCAUAUCCAUUUUAUGAACCAGUUGAUGCUGCAAAAUUAGGUGUUCCAGAUUAUUAUAAAAUUAUCACACGUCCGAUGGAUCUUUCUACUAUCAACACUAAGCUGGAAAAUGAUCAUUAUGUAAAUGCUGAUGAGUUUGAAGCAGAUAUUCGUCUCAUGUUUCAAAAUUGUUAUACCUAUAAUGGGCCUGGGAGUGAUGUGUAUAAUAUGGGUAAAGAAUUAGAAAAAGUUUUUGACAAAAAAUGGGCAGAGAGACCUAAGGUUCAGGCUCGUCAAGAAUCAAGAGAAUCUGAGAGCGAAUCUGAAGCGGAUGAAAGUGAUCAUUUGAAGGCUUUGCAGAAACAUUUGGCUGCUUUAUCAAGCCAAAUUUCUCAGAUGCGAAAACCAUCUACAAAAUCAAAGGCUAAAAAGGCAGCAAAGAGUGCAAAGCCUAGUACAACUAAAAGUACUCCAGAUAGUAAUAAGUUGGUCGAAGAUGGAAAGAAAUCAUUAAAGCGUCCUCGAACUACUAAUAAACGUGAAGAGCAAGAAGGGCUGACAUCAGAACAAAAAACAGAUCUCAGUGAAAGGAUCGAACUUCUCUCUACAGAAAAAAUGAACGAACUCAUUCGUUUAAUCGAAGAGAGUGGUGCGCCUAUGGAGAGAGGAAGUGGCGGUUAUGAAAUAGAAAUUGAAGCACUUGAUUAUAAUACUGCCAAAAAGAUGUAUGAUUUUGUAUUGAGGCAUACAUCAAAAAAAGCUAAUUCGAAAAAAAGAGGACCACCUUCUAAAAAACCUCGUACAAAUGCCAAUGAAAAAGAGCAGGAACAAAAAAUUCUAGCCUUAGAAAGAACCUUGGCAAAAUUUGAUCACAAAUCUCCAACACCGUCUCCCCAAGCUAAAUAUGGAAGUCAUUACAGUUCGGACGACGAUUCUUCAGACAGUCAGAGUUCUGAUUCAUCUGGUUCAGAAUCGGAAGAUUCAGAAAAACUACUGUUACAAACCCCAAACCGAAGGGCAAAGCCAAGGCCCAAACUCAGAAUAUAUCUCCAACUUCUACGCAAACUCUAUCUCAAAAUUCUCCAAGAACAGAACCUCCACCAUCCCCCCCCUAAAGAGGAAAAACGGAUAAUUCCACAAGAAAUGAUCGACAAUUAUGAACCAUGGGUUCUACCAACAGAGCGAAAAAUCACAUGGGAGCAAGUUUAUAGUGAGUUAUAUUAUGGGCCUCUUCGAAAGGCCGAUGAAGUAAAGGAAGAACAAUUUAGGCUGGCUCGGGAAACCGCAGAAACUAUUAAAAGGCAACAAAAGCAACAAGAGAAAGAAGCUGAAGAUAAACGUCGUCGCGAAGCAGAGAUUCAAGAACUUCGCGCUGCUGCUAAAGCCAAAAGGCUUGAAGAGAAAACACCAUUUGAUUUUUAUGGCCCUCUUAACGAGAUGAAUGAAUUUUAUCGAACGCAUGGUCAAUAUAUCGACCGUGGGCAUAAGAAAAUUAGAGCGGAGUUUGGUCCACCAAUUCCUGAACUUCCUUACACAGUAACCCAUAGUCCAACGCAUUUUAAUGUUGACCCACUUCAGACUCGUCUACUAAACAAGGCUCGAAAUCCACCCAAGAGCCAAGAUAAAGAUCAAACACAAUCGCUAUAUGUUUAUUCAAAAGUUUCAGGGUGCCAUAAAUCUACAUAA